AUGACGGAGGUCAAACGGCAAAAUAUCGAAAUAAAAAACCAAGUAUCUUCUAUAUUGGCUGAACUGUCAGAUAAUAAAACUACAGAAAUAGAAAAUAAACUACAGAACGCGGAACUAGAAAUUCACAGCCUUAAACUAACGGUUAGUAAUUUAGAACAACAUCUCGCGUUACGAAAGCAAGACAAUGUAAAGAAUGAAGUGGAAAUAGUCGGCACAGAGGAGACGGAAAACAAAAAUAUUCAUCAUUUAGUAUUGACCACUGCACAGAAAAUAGGGCUAAAACUGGAAGAUAUUGACAUCGAUGAUGUAAUUCGUGUGGGUACCAAAAAAGCAAAGAACGCAACAGAUGUAUCAAAAUUUUCUCGUCCAAUCGUUGUGAAGCUGUUACGGAAAUCUAAAAGGGACGAACUAAUAAGAGCUGGAAAAUCUCGUAAAAAUUUGACGUCAGAAAAUAUUACAAAUGGAAAUCCUACUAAAAUAUACUUUAAUGAAAGACUAACCAAACACAACCGACAGUUAUUUCGUGAGGCAAGACUACGAACGCGAGAAAAUGGUUUUCGUUAUUGUUAG